ACUGCAUUCAAGUGCUUAGUCGGAGAGGUAGGUCAUAUAGCGAGGAAAGAGAUAGCCGUGUUAUCUUUUUCCUAGGUAGUUGUAAACGAUGACGAGUGCGUAAAGAAAGGUCCUCCUCAGUUUCAAGUUGGAUUUGGUUCGUUCAUCCUCCUCAACCAGAAACUUAUUGCAGGAUUAUUUUUAGUUGGCUGCCAUAUGUUGAAAAUGACAGAGGAACGCGACAAGACACACAUGGAGCCCCCGUGCAGCCCUGCGGGCACCAACAGUUCCAUGUCUCAGGAUGACUCCGAUUCUGAUGCUCCGUCCUCCCCGACUGGCUCCGACGGACACGGCUCUCUGCUCUCGAGCUUGGGCAAAAAAGUGGAUGGGGAAGACGACGACAGGUUCCCUGCCUGCAUCAGAGAUGCGGUUUCCCAAGUUCUUAAGGGAUAUGACUGGUCACUGGUUCCUAUGCCCGCUCGGGGAAACGGCUCGCUAAAAAACAAACCUCACGUGAAGAGACCGAUGAAUGCCUUCAUGGUGUGGGCGCAGGCUGCGCGCAGAAAGCUCGCGGAUCAGUACCCCCAUUUGCACAACGCCGAACUUAGCAAGACACUCGGCAAACUAUGGCGUUUGUUAUCAGAGAAUGAGAAAAGGCCUUUUGUUGAGGAAGCUGAACGGCUGCGCGUCCAGCACAAGAAAGAUCACCCCGACUACAAGUAUCAGCCACGCCGGCGGAAAAGCGUGAAGCCGGGCCAGAACGACUCGGAUUCGGGAGCUGAGCUGGGUCACCAAAUGUACAAGACGGAACCCGGAAUGGGCGGUUUGGCAGGGUUAGCGGACGGACACCAUCACCCAGACCACACAGGUCAACCACACGGUCCUCCCACACCCCCCACCACCCCUAAGACCGACCUGCACCACGGGGGCAAGGGUGAGGCGAAGCACGAGGGCCGGCGUCUGCUGGACAGCAGUGGCGGGCGGCAGAACAUCGACUUCAGCAACGUGGACAUCUCCGAGCUGAGCACCGACGUCAUCUCCAACCUGGAGGCCUUCGACGUGCACGAAUUCGACCAGUACCUGCCUCUCAACGGUCACCUGGCAGCCGGCGGCACCACCAACGCCACUGGCCCCGGCAUGCCCGGCCCCGAACACGGCCACGGGCCCAACGCCGCCGCGGUAGGGGGUCCGUUCGGCUCGCCGUACAGCCACGCCGCCUCGGCCGCCUGGAGCCGCAAGAGCGCCCUCGGCGGUCCCCCCCCACCCUCCUCCUCCGCGGCGCCCCCCUCGGCCGACAGCGCCGGACAUCGCCCCCACAUUAAGACGGAGCAGCUGAGCCCCAGCCACUACAGCGAGCCCCCGCACGCGUCCCCCUCCCACCCCGACUACCCCCCUUACCCGCCCCAGCCCUGCGUCUCCUCGGCGGGCUCCGCCGCCUCCAACGCCUCCUCCUUCUCCAGCUCCCCGUGUGACUAUACAGACCUGCAGAGCUCCAGCUACUACGGCCCCUACGCGGGCUACCCCUCCGGCCUCUACCAGUACCCCUACUUCCACUCCUCCCGGAGAGCCUACGGCAGCCCCAUCCUCAACAGCCUCUCGCUGCAGUCCUCCCACAGUCCCUCGGCCAACUGGGAGCAGCCCAUCUACACCACCCUGUCCAGGCCCUGAGAGGGCCUGCUGGGGUCUCCCGAACUCUCUCACAUGCCACCCCCCCCCCCCACACACACACCCACACACACACACACCCCCACCACCCAUCAGCCCUCCCGCCAGCCAAGGGGGCCCGCUGAAGGGGCCCGAGAGUUGCCUGUACAGCCAUUUAUUGCACUAAGAAAGAGACCUGCGCCGGGAGGAGAGGGCAGGAGGAGGAGAAAAGGUGUGCCAUCUCAAGUUUGUAUACCAGAAAAAGGAGAAAGAGAGGGAGAGAGGGGUGGUGAGAGAGGGAGAGUGAAGUGCCUGCUGAUUUUUAAAAGAAAAAAAAACGUUUGCAACUUUUUCAUUCUUUCCUGUAUUGUCUGGACAUUUUGAAGGCAGAACUUGAUAUAUUGCUGCCUGAACAGCAAACGGAAAUCCUCUGUGAGGACCACCUGUCACCAACAACCCCCCCUCCCCUGCGCUAUCAUUCCCCUACCACCAGCUCCCUCCCCCUCCCCCUCACACACACACACACACACACACACACACACACAGACUCUGCUCUAACUCCCGUCUGUCUGCGGCUGUUGGUGUGUUUUUUUUUGUGGCGGUGGUGUGUGUACUGACUUGUGUAGGAGAUAAUUGCAAAAACAGGCCAACUGAUUUGAUGAGACAGAUGGAGAAAGUUAAUGCAGAAAUCUGAGCACUGGGACCAAUUAUAAAAUAUUCUUUAAAUACGAGGCAGCAAGGGCUCCAUUCUACAACGUGAAUUCGCAAAGAACCCUGACUUCAGUCAGAGGGACCAUGAACUUAACUUGUGUUUUUAAAGUGAAGUUUUUUUUAACUAUUCCAUAUGUAUUUAUGUUAAACGUGUUUCUGAUGCCGCUGUAUAGUUGUACAGAUGUUUUUUGGAGCGAUGUGGUGGAUGUUUCAAAAUGCAAAAGGCUUUUUCUGUCUCUCAUAAAGGAUUGGUGUCCACAGUAUUCAUUCCAGGUUAUUGAAAGCAAGCUAAUAUACUGGGACCAAUGGCAUACCAUGCGAUGAAACAGGUGUCUAAAUGCUAUGCCUACCGAAUCGCGAUUAGUCAUGAUGUGGGGUGAACGGAAACGCGGUAAGAUAACACACAUCUCCGUUUUGAGUGAGGCGUCAGCUGUUUUUCACACAGCAGGAAGCGCAGGACUUUAUCGAAACAGACGUGGAAACCCUUCUUCACAUCGCCAGCUUGGCUAUACAUUACCCCACGUCUAAUGUCGCCUUACUCGUUACAUAGGAUAUGUUGGAUUGUUGAGUUUCAGAUCAACCUCAAACAAUUUCGGAAGGGACUUUCAUUUAAUUAAAACUCCACCAGACGUUUGGGAUAUUGGAAUAGAAACAUUGGGCGUAUAUUUUUCCGAUGUGUCAUUUAUUGCCCAGGUUCAGAACCUCGUGGUACAUGGGAAUGACCAGUGAGCCAAUUCUUUAUUUAAUUAUUAACAGCUUGCAAAAUAUGUCGAUAAACCUAAUAAUGCGACUUUAGGGAGACUCACCACCGUAAUGCAUAAUUUGGUGCUAUCUGAAUCUCAUAGAAUGGAUUUUUUAAUUAUUAUUUUAAAGUGUUGUAAUUA